AUGUUGCUGCAGGUCAACAUCACUGCAAGUGCACGACAGACCCGGCACAUUUCAAGAUUGAUGGGAACAAAGUGCAAACAGAAAUUCGCCAUCAACAGCGACCCGAAAUAUGGGCCGUUGGCCUACAUCCAGUUCAGCCUUCUCAAGGUACAAGCCUUCAAAUCUGGGGCGGAUACAACGUUUGGAGAAACUGAAACCUGUCCCGCUGAUCAGCACAACACCGAUAAGGUGCCGAUCAUUGUUGGCGGCGUGCUGGCCGGGUUGACCGUGUUGACGUUGUGUGUUUAUUUGUUCUACCGCGCCCGACUGCCUCCAGAGAUCAUCAACACGGUCAAUCCACACUCGCACUACGAAAAUAAGGUGAUGGACGACGAUGAGGACGACGAA